AUGACUCUUGAUUUCGAUCUUACAGAUAACUCACACAGGAGGUAUAAUCCUUUAACAGAUUCGUGGGUGCUGGUGUCACCACAUAGAGCCAAAAGACCAUGGUUGGGCCAAAAGGAGACAGCUUCAAGGCCGAACGAACCUGAAUUUGACGAGAAAUGCUAUCUUUGCCCAGGGAAUCAACGAGCAUCAGGAGAAAUCAACCCGCAAUACUCAUCGACCCUUAUUUUCCCUAACGAUUUUCCAGCUGUAAAGUUGAAUCAGCCAGAACUCAAAAAUAGUGGCGGAAGUAAGAGUCUCAAAGAAAGAUUCAUGAAGGUACAGUCAGUUGAAGGAAACUGCUACGUGAUUUGCUUCAGCCCAAAACACAAUUUGACCCUCCCUCUUAUGCCACUCGGCGACGUUGUUAAUGUCGUUGAGGCCUGGACACAGCUCUACUUGAAACUAGAGAGCGAAGCUAAAGUCGAGGGCAAGCCAUACAAGUACUUGCAAAUUUUUGAAAACAAGGGAACUGCAAUGGGAUGUUCGAAUCUCCACCCUCAUGGACAGGCGUGGUGUUUGAGCACCAUUCCCAAUGAAGUCGAAAAUGAAUUCAAAGCGUUUGCCAAAUACUCUGACCAGCAUUCCAGCUGCUUGUUAGGCGACUAUGUUGCUUUGGAGCUCGAAGAGCGGGAAAGGCUUGUUUUGGAAAAUGACUCUUUCAUAGUUGUUGUUCCUUAUUGGGCAGUUUGGCCUUUCGAAACUCUGUUGAUUAGCAAAAAACAGUUACACUCCCUCACUGACUUCAGCGAUAAGGAGAAGCGAGAUUUAGCUACAAUUCUAAAAACGUUGACAAUCAAGUACGACAACUUAUUUGAAACGAGUUUCCCUUACUCCAUGGGCUUACACCAAGCGCCGCUUAACGCUACCCAAGAGGAAAAAGAUACGGCGUGGUUUCAUAUGCACUUCUACCCUCCCCUACUAAGGUCUGCGACUGUGAGGAAAUUUUUGGUUGGCUUUGAAUUGCUCGGAGAGCCUCAAAGAGACUUGACUGCCGAACAAGCUGCGAAGCGGUUGGUAGAUUUAGAAGGUAACACACACUAUACAGAGAAGUUAUAA